AUGGCGCUCAAGGUGGAAAUAAUGCCGGCAGGUUGUGGUAAGAAGUGGGAUGACCAAAGUUUUGGUCAAGUUGUGGGGAUUGUGGUUCACCACAAUUCUUCGUGCUUUAAAUCUCUACGUUUUAUCUAUGUUAAGGACAACGUUCGCCAACAACUAUCUAAAACAUAUGGCGAGAUUGGGGGAAAAUGUGAAAUGAUUAUGUUGGAUUAUCCAACUGAGUUUUUUAUUGCAGUGAAUGGGUGUUAUUCGGUUGGUGAUCGCAUCAGGUGUGUAACAUUUGUGACUAACAAGGCUACAUAUGGACCCUUUGGUCAACAACGUAAUAAUGGUUCCCCUGAGUUUAGUUUCAAAAUUGCGGGGAAUGGACCCAGGAAUUGGAUUAGUGGAUUUUAUGGUACUGUUUACGAUGGUGAUGUCGAAACUAUUGGAGUUUACGUGCAGACAGAAACUGUUAGCCAACCUGCAUCUUUCAAAUCGGAGUAA